AGGAAAAGCAUUUAUGAACGUAUUCUUCUACACUUUGCUAAAAUGAGUAAAACUUUUGUAACUUCAGACGGUGCAAAGCAUACAAGGUUUCCUUCAGAUGAUGAGGAAGAUCAAAAACAGAAAAAAAGACCGGAAAAAACAAUUGAAAAGAUAGAGGUUCAUUCAGCCAACAGCUGGGAGAAAGCAGACUUGGGAGAUGGAGAGAGAAAUAAUAAGUUUUUAAGAUUGAUGGGAGCUGGAAAGAAAAAGCAUCAGGGCAGAUUUGUCAUCGGAGAUAACACUCCACAUGGUUCAACUGUUGACGGUCUGGAGAAGAAAUUGGAUGAUAAACUGGAGGAGCAGUACAAACAUAGCAUGGAGCAUAGACUGCUAGCUGGGCCAAAGGGUCAUGUUGGACUUGGUUUCCAUGACGAAGCAGCUGACAGCAAGGGAGAUGACCAAAAUGGGACAAAGAAUUCUGAUGCUCAGACUACAAACACAAAAGAUAAGGACAGUGGAGAGGAUACUAAAAAAGAGAGUAAACAUGAGAAAUCCGAAUACCUGAAGCGACCAGCUGAGAAGUCAUCAGAAACCAAGGAAGACAAAUCUGAUGCCAAGAAAAUGAAAUUUGUCAAGUCAUCUGAUGACUGAGACUAAAAUGACAAAAAACAUGCAGACUAAAAUUUUAUGCUCUCAUAUCAUUAGACAGCUUCUUCAUCAUCUGCACUGAGCUAUGUAAAGCUGUUGCCCCUGCAUCAGUUUUAUGACUGUUUAUAAGGUGGACUAAUUCACUCAGGUGCUUUGUUGUCAUGAUAUGGACGAAUAAAGAAAAACAGGUUUUUUUGUUCAACAACUAUUUCAGAACUAGGGGUACAUUUCCACCCUGGAAAAAACAAAACGGUAAUCAUUUAGAUCUUAAAUUUAGGUGCACAGUGAUAGUGCACAUAUUAACAGAAAUUGAUUCAUCUGGGUAACAGACUGUAAUAAUCGUUUGUGUGCGAGCACAGUAUACAAUUAUUAGUAUACAGUUAUCUACUGCUUGAGCUUAUUGUCCUAAAUUAUUAGCAUGAAGUCCUCUGUCUCACCAGACAAAAUAAAUCUUGUACAAAAACAAAACAAAAAAAAA